UAUUAAGGCAGAAGAGGACCCCACAUCGGUGUCUUUAAGGCUCUUGCUCAGAUCUUAACCUUUGUUUAGUGCUUAGUGGACAGCUGUUGGGAGGCUACGCAGAGACAGAGGUGUCCGAGAACACAAGUGUUGUACGAGCUCCGGGACGAUGUCUGCCAGCAACAACCUGAAACGGGCGCUGAGCAGGGCGCAUUUCCAGCCUGGGUUUGGAGGGACUGAGCGCUGCCCCUGGGGAAGGCACAGCGGAAGGACCCGCCUUUCGCGGCGUUGCCUCGGGCUGUCUGCCAGCUCCCAUCCAUCCACCGACAGCCGCCCGCUGCGAGAGACGGCUGCCAGCUGCCGGGAGUGCGGGGCGGGGUGCGGGCAGCCGCGUGCCGGGGCUCUGCCGUGCCGGUGCUGUGCAGUCCUGGCCACACGGGGGCGCUGUGGGAGGGGGGGGGGGGGGGCGGUGCUGCUCCGCCCGGCGGCGUCCCCGCGGUCUCGUGUCCUGGCAACAGCGCGGGACGCGAGCAGCGGCGCCGGGCAGCAUCGGGCAGCACCGGGCGCUGCCCCCGGGGCCGGCGCGACCAUGAGCGGCCCUCGGCCGGGGUUCCUUGCAACCUACAACAGCCUUAUGGACAAACACCUGGCUGGAUAUUUCAGCAAUGCUCGGAUAAGGCGACAUCUUCAGAGAUCAGGACUGAUCUCAAGGAGUGGAAGAAUAAUACCAGAGAAAGAAUACCAGCUGAAUGCUAUGAGGAGGGAUCACCAGAGAUACGUACAGGAGUGCCUGGCUCGGGCCAUAUUUCUGAAGGUCCUUGACAUUGAGAGACGUAAGCACACAGUGACCACACAACACACAGUGCGUCGUCAUCAGCUGGAAGUAAGAAGGAAACUUGAAAAUUCUGUGAGGAAGGAGAGGGUGCAGAAAACCAAGGCGGAACGAUCCAGAAGAUCAGUGGAAGAUGUUAACCCUGUGCACUCCCCACACCCACCACUUGGUCCCAGAAAUCAUUAUGGACGCCAUCCUUUAAUGCCUGCAGAACCAGCUGCUCGUUCACACCUGAGGGCUCCUGGGCCUGUAGUUGAUUAUAGUGUUGGACAUCCUUCUGAUCAGCGUGGAUCCAAGGAGUCAGCCUUUUUAAAGGCAACUUCUUCCCAUCGACCGAAUACAGCCCCAGGAAAUAUGCAGUACCCACUUCGGCUUCAGCCACUCCACAGCUGCACUGCAGCAGGGACUGUUCCAAAGAGUUCAGGCUCUAAACAGAAGUGCCGCACACUCGAAAAUUAUCAGCAAUUUGCUGGUGGGAGGGAAAGAAGUGGGUUAAGAGUAAGGAACUCAAUGGAAUAUGUGACUGGGAAAUCCCCAUACCGACUCCCUGUCAUUAACAACUAUCUGAUACCAGUGCCACCUCCUACCCUGCAAAAAGGAGACAGGAGUGUAAAGGCAGUGAGAAAUGGGAUGUCCAGGAGACGAUUUCGUCCCACCACUGCCCCAAAUGGCUUGGAGCAACUUGUAUCCAAGAAUUCUGGAGAAUCCCCUAAGCCCUCAUUACGCAGCAAUGCACUUGUUACCAUGAUCUUUCUGGGGAAAAGUGUGCAUUUAUCUCAUGAUGAUUCUGAUUAUAGAGAUGAAAUCAAAGUCUAUCAACAGCAUUGUGGAGGAGAAAACCUUUGUGUCUACAAAGGCAAGCUGUUGGAAGGAGAGACCUUUCAGUUCGUCUCCAAGAGGCACCGUGGUUUCCCAUUCAGUCUCACCUUUUUUCUCAAUGGGAUGCAAGUGGACAGGUUGAGCUCUUGCUGUGAGUACAGACAUCAGAAGCGUUCCAGGCUUGGAGGCAGACAUGGAUACUUUGGAUUUCUCAAUGUGGAGGGAGCAUCUCCUUGCUAUAGGUGCAUUGUUGCAAUGGGUCUGGACAAAAAGCCAUCCCCUCCCAAGAGGGAGGUGCAGGAGGGCUGUGAGGAAAAGCCAUUGGGUUCCUGGAAAGGUGGAGUUCACAGCGAGGCAAGUGGUAGCAGUGCUGAUCAGAAAUCAAGCAAAGAAUCGGUGCUAGUCAUCUUACCAAGUCAUGAAGCAGAUGUGGAAACUGUUGAGGACAAAAUGGAGACCAGACAGGAUGACAGAAGAGAAGGGACAAAACUAUCCAAUUGUGAGACUGAAGAUAGUCAGGAAGAUACUGGUAAAAAUGAGUAUAAUGAAGAUUUUGAAGCUGAUGAAGUUAAUGAAGAAGGACAGGCUGGUGAUCAGAGGAAUGAAAUGUCAAAGUCAUCCCCAGAUGAUGAAAAACAUAAUUUAGACUAUGAAAAGAAGAGUAAAAAUGCAUCACAGAAGGCACUGCAGACCUCUGACAGUGAGAAAGAUGAAAGUGAUGGAUAUUCUGGCAGUACCUCAGAGAAUGGCAAACAAGUCACUGAACUGCAGCCAAAUCCUGUGUGGGCCAGCCCGCAGCACACGUUGCUGAAAUAUUUAGUUGCAGAAGUGGAGGUGGUGCCAGUCAACAGAUUAGCUCUAAGUGUUGUGGGCAGACAAACAGACAGGAGCUCUGCAUGCUCUCUGCCAUCCACCAGCACUCAGUAUAGCAGUGAAGGUGACUCUGAUGCUGAAAAGAUGAACGGAAAUGUUAAGGGCAAAGAGGAGUGUGAUAUCAAAGAGGCAUCUGAUAACACAGCGUGUGCACAAUAUGGGAAUGAGAAUGGGGAAAAUAAACUGUUCAGAACAGAGGACAGUCAGGAAACUUUCUCUUUGGAAGAGGAAGGAACAGAUGAAGCAGAAAAGACAAAAGCAGAAGCUCUGACAUCAAGGGAAAAUACUGAAGCUUUUAAUGAAAAUAUAACGUCGAUACAGCGUCAAAGUCCUGAUGUUACUGGGGAAAUGAAACAGGCCGGGUCAGUAGGAAGUAACAUAAGGGGAGAAGAGGAGAAGAAAGCAAACAACAGAAGGGACGGUGGGGGUAAAAAUGUUGCGGUGCCUUUGGAAAACAAUAUGAUGGAAGUGGAGGAUAGAGAUGAAGAGUCUCCUCAGAGCAGUGAAGGAGGUGUUUCUGAAGAUGAUAGGUCAGCACAGGAGGAGAUAACAGAGGCAAUGGGAAAUGACCAUCAUGUGAAUUUUGACCAUGAACGUAGUGAUUCUUGGGUGGAUGAGGAAGUAGAGAAAGCAACGAGUGCAGAGUGCAAGCCCAGUGAAGCUAGGAUGACCAGCCAGCUCCAGCAGCCACAUGUAAUUGAUGUGCUCUCAGCAGUUACAGUGACCCCAGCAGCAGCUGAUGGAGCUGUCCUGGCAGACGGAACAGGAGCACCCAGCACACAGUCAGCAGCAGUGGAAGUGGCACACAUGGGGCAAGACUGUGAGGAGGACGAAGGCAGUGCUGCUGAGAGAGGGCAUGCUGGCACUGACUGUUCUGGGCAGGGAGUGGCGUGGGCAGGAGAGCCGCAGCCUGAGGGAGAGUCAGGAGCUGUAGCCCCUGAGGAGCAUCUGCUUGUGGAUGGGUCGGCACCUGCCCGGUGGGCAGUGGCAGAAGGUAAUGCUAAGGAGAAGGAACUGGGGAAGGAGUUGGAGCCUGGUGCAGAGGCUGAGGAUCAGGAUGCUUCCACAGGUGUAGGGGAGAACGUGGUGCCAUGGAGGGACCCAGCAGGUGAGGGAGAAGAGCAGGUGGGCAUGGAGGGAGGGGCCAGGGAGGUCACUGGAGGAGAGAGGGCUGUGAAUGGGGUCUCUGGAGAGCAGAGGGUGGGGGGAGCAGCAGUGCCUGUGCUGGGGGGAAUGGUGCCUCAGGGACAGGAGGCUGCAGAGGAUGCACACUUGGCAGAAGGGACUCCGGAGGUGGGUGACCCUGCAGCAGUGUGGGCAGCAGAAAAAGCUGCUUUUGAAGGGCAGAAGCCUGUGGAGGAACCUGGGGUUCUCCUAGGAACGUUAGGAGAUACAGGAUUUUGCACAGGAAAGGAAGAGAUCCUAAAGCCAUAUGAGUUUUCCCAGCUGAAAGUCUCAGGGGAGAAGCAGGUGGAGAUGGAUGCACUUGGGACAUUGACAUUUGAGCCUGACAGACCACCAGUGGAGGAAGGCAGCUCUCAACCAAGGGCAGAGGACAGGGAGGAGCCCAAAGACUCAGGCAGGGGCAUUGUAUUACACACAGCACCUGGGCGAGAAGCUGGGGUGGGUGCUGGAAGGGACCCUGCCAUUAGAGGGUCAACUCCAUUGGAGCAGACAGCAACAGCAGGGGAUGAGGAGGGCUCAGCAAUAGUGCUUUUGAAUGGAAGCCUGUCUUUGGGCAGUGCUGCAAAGACAGACAGAACAAUGGAACUAAAAUCUGAUGUGGUGGUAAUUGGGGUGGCUGGAGAGAGAGACAGAGCUGAGUCAGGAGAUGAAGAGGUGAGGGGGGGAGCAGCAGGGCCAAGAGAGGAGGCGGCUGUGGGGCUGGGACUACUGGAGUGUGGUGGGGAGCAGGCAGUGCUGGGAGAGGGGAGAUCUCCAGGCCAGGGUGUGACAGGGGGUGAGACCCUGGAGGCAGCACAGGGACCCCAGGACAGAGGCUGCGUGGAGUUGAGGGGGCAGCAGCCUGCAGUGCCUGCACCAGAAGCAGCAGAACAGGGCACAGUGCAAGCAGGAGUGCAUAUUGAAGGGAAGCUGCCAGAGCUGGGCCUUGGAGAAAGUACCCAGAGGAAAGAGGUGGAGGCUGUGUCGGAAGGAGCUGCGGGCUGCUCUGGUGCACAGGAACAGAGGACUGGGAGUCCUGAGCAUGGCCACAGUGAGGAUGUAAACCUGGAUGCAGUUGUCACACCCCAGGACGAGGAAGAAACUAUUCUCUGAGCCUUCUCUACACUCCCUCCCUGCUCCUUCCCUCAGCGUUCAGACCAACCACUGAUUUGUGCCCUUUGGAUGUUCUAUAUUACUCCACAGUACCUCGGCUGUCGGUCACAUACCACAGCAGCUCUGCAGUGUGUAAGCCCAUAACCACCAGCACUGUCCUGCAGUGUUCUCCAAAACAUGGAGCAGUAUUGCACUGAGUGUCCCCUCCUGCCUGCACCCUGUGCUACUGCGGGCCUAUAGAUGUAUGCUUGAGAGUACGUGUGCUUGGCUCUAUCUCCUCUCCGGGUGUUUGUCUGUCUGUUAUUUGGCUUUUUAAACUACAAGCUCCUCCCUGGGAGGUGGGGCUGUGACCUCACUGGUGUGUGCACAUGCAGAAAUGGUUGCAGCACUCAUACAAUGAGCUGGGUUUCACUCGCUGGGAUUUUCAGUCACACAAAGGGAGCAUAAUGGCUGCUGUGCUGCCUGCAGCCCACCCUGGGGCACAUGCCCAGCCCCCCAGAUCCUCUUGCUGUGCUGGGGCUCCUGCAGGAUGUGCCAGGUGUAGGUACCAGGCCAUGUGCCAUUGGGAGGUAUGGCUCACUUGCUGGGAUGCUGAUUUGCUUUGAUGUGGAUCAUCUAUUCCUGGUAUGUUUGUCCUCAAUAUAACAAUUUGAAGUA